ACUCCCUGUGCACUGGCCCGAGCGGCAGCAUGGGUUUUCAGCAUUCUGCAUAAGAUACACAAAGAUAAACCUUAUCUGAUAGAAUGGCACUUAUCAAAUUCAUCCUCGCAACAGCAGUUGCCAGUAUGGUGUUAAGCCUGUCUAAUGGAGAGGAUACUGUGGGAAAACCAACCAUACAGCAAUCCCCCAGUUUCAGCAUGAUCUAUACUGGAGAACAGGUCACCCUUACCUGUAAAGUUAAGGAACAAUCUUCUGACUGGAAAUUUUACUGGUACAAAACCUCAGAAAAAUCAAAGCCCUUAAACAGUGACACCAGCAAAUCCACCUACACCAUCAACUCUGCCCAAGUCUCAGACAGUGGCACUUAUAUGUGUCAAGUGCAAAAAGGGAAUAGCAGCAUUUCACCUGAAGUAAAUCAUGAUUUAACUGUAAAAAGUCCCCCUGAACCAAAGAUAACUCAGACUUCUGGAUGGGAGAGGGUCUUUCCUGGUGAAAAAGUGACUCUGAAAUGUGUGAUUCUGGACAAACCCACAGACUGGAAUUAUGUGUGGCUCCUAAACAAUAAUCCAGUUGCAGGAUCUGGAGAUACUCUCACCAUCUCCUCCAUUAAACAAGGGCAAGGAGGACAUUACACCUGUCAGACAGAGCUACAAAACAGACCCAAGACACAAGUAAAGAGCUCAUCAUUUACACUGACUGUUUACGCAGGAAAUCCAAACCUACUUCUUGGAAAAACUCCCAGUUAUAGCGUGUUCUAUGUUGGAGAACAGGUAACCCUUACCUGUGAAGUUCAGCAACCAUUUUCUGAGUGGAAAUUUUUCUGGUACAAAGCCUCAGAUAAAUCAAAGCAGCUAAACAGAGACACCAGCACAUCAAGCUACACCAUCAAUGCCGUCCAAGUCUCAGACGGUGACACAUAUGUGUGUCAGGUGAAAAGAGGGGAUGGAGACUUUCAACAUGAAGAAAAUUUUGAUUUAACUGUAAAAAGCCCUCCUGAACCAAAGAUAAGCCAGACUUCUGGAUGGGACAGGGUCUUUCCUGGUGAAAAAGUGACUCUGAAAUGUGAGAUUCCCGACAAAUCCAGAGACUGGAAAUAUGUGUGGCUCCUAAACAAUAAUCCAGUUGCAGGAUCUGGAGAUACUCUCAACAUCUCCCCCAUUAACCAAGGACAAGGUGGAGAUUACACCUGUCAGACAGAGCUACAAAACAGACCCAAGACACAAAAACUGAGCCCUUCGUUUAAACUGAUCGUUUACGCGGGAAAACCAACCUUACGUCAAGGACAAAAUCCUGCUUUCAGCGUGAUCUAUCCUGGAGAGCAGGUCACCCUUACCUGUGAAGUUCAGGAACAAUCUUCUGACUGGAAAUAUCACUGGUACAAGAUCCCAGAUAAAUCAAAUCAUUUAAACAGUGAUACCACCAAAUCCAGCUACACCAUCAACUCUGUCCAAGUUUCAGACGGUGGCACAUAUGUGUGUCGGGUGAUAAGAGGGGAAAACUUUCAGCAUGAAGUUAAUCAUCAAUUAACCGUAAAAAGUCCCCCUCAACCAAAUAUAAUUCAGACUUCUGGAUGGGACAGGGUCUUUCCUGGUGAAAAAGUGAUUCUGAAAUGUGAAAUUCCAGACAAACACAUGGACUGGAAAUAUAUGUGGCUCCUAAACAAUAUUCCAGUUGUAGGAUCUGGAGAUACUCUCAACAUCUCCUCCAUUAACCACAACUAUCAUGGAAAUUUUACCUGUCAGACAGAGCUACAAAACAGACCGAUGACACAAGUAAAAAGCCCUUCAUUUACACUGACUGUUUAUGCAGGAAAUCCAACCCUACUUCUUGGAAAAACUCCCAGUUAUAACGUGUUCUAUACUGGAGAGCAGGUCACCCUUACCUGUGAAGUACAGGAACAAUCUUCUGACUGGAAAUUUUACUGGUACAAAACCUCAGAAAAAUUAAACCCUUUAAACAGUGACUCCAGCAAAUCCAGCUACACCAUCAACGCUGUCCAAGUCUCAGACAAUGGCACAUAUGUGUGUCAGGUGAAAAGAGGGGAAAACUUUCAACAUGAAAAAAAAAAUGAUAUAACUGUAAAGGGCCCUCCUGAACCAAAGGUAAAUCAGAAAUCUGGAUGGGAGAGGGUCUUUCCUGGUGAAAAAGUGACUCUGAAAUGUGAGAUUCCGGACAAAUCCACAGACUGGAAUUAUGUGUGGUUCCUAAACAAUAAUCCAGUUGCAGGAUCUGGAGAUACUCUCACCAUCUCCUCCAUUAACCAAGGACAAGGAGGACAUUACACCUGUCAGACAGAGCUACAAAACAGACCCAAGACACAAGUAAAGAGCUCUUCAUUUACACUGACUGUUUAUGCGGGAAAACCAACCUUACUUCUAGGACAAGAGCCUGCCUACAGCGUGAUCUAUACUGGGGAACAGGUCACGCUUACCUGUAAAGUUCAGGAACAAUCUUCUGGCUGGAAAUAUCACUGGUACAAUAUUACAGAUAAAUCAAAGCACUUAAACAGUGACACCACCAAAUCCAACUACACCAUCAACGCUGCCCAACCCUCAGACGAUGGCACAUAUGUGUGUCGGGUGAUAAGAGGGGAGAACGACUUUCAACAUGAAGUAAAUCGCAAUUUAACUGUUAAAAACCCACCACAACCUAAAGUAUCCCUGACUUCAGGCUGGGACACUCUGUUCACUGAGGAAGAAAUGACUGUGAAAUGUGAAGUUUCUGACACAUCGGGGGAAAGAUGGAAGAAGACAUGGUUCAAAGAUUCACAGCAGAUUUUCAGUCAUGCUCAUGUAAACAUGACUGGAAACAGACUUUCAAUCCUAUCUGCAAAACAAAGUGAUGCUGGAAGCUACACCUGUCUCACAGAGCUGGAAAAAAGACCAAAGUCAGAAGCUACUAGCACAACAUUUUCAUUGGCUGUUCAUGCCCGUGCACAGACUGUUCUUACUCUGGAGACUAGCUGGACUGAUAUCAUGUCUGUGGACACUCUGACUCUGAAAUGUGAGGUACAAGAUGAAACUUAUGGAUGGAACUAUACCUGGUACAAGGACGGCGUGUUUGAGGUGAGCACUAAUGAGGAGAGAUACAGUGUGAAGGCCACAGAAGAAACCUUCGAGAGUGAAUACAAAUGCAGGGGCAACCGGACAGAGCGGCCACUUUACUCUUCCUUCAGUGAGGGUUUCAGAGCUAAUAAACUUGUUUUAAAACGGAAGAUUCUGCUGGCGUUUUCUGGCUGUGUAGUCUGCAGUAUCGUCUUGCUGAUCAUUGGAUGUAUAGUUUUAAGAGUCACGCGCAAACCAGAGAAAAAAGAGGCUGUGAAGGAGGACUUGUUUAUCUCAAUGACGAACUCAAAGACAGAAACGAGUUCUCCAUUACAGGAAUAUCUGAAAGAAAAUGGGCCUCCAGUUGAUAAAGGAGAGCAUAAUGAGAGUACAGCGUCUGCAGCUAUGGAUGAGAUUAAAGAUGCAGUUGUAGAUGUGGAUGUGCUGCCAGCUAAAAACACUGGAGGAUUUACUUCAUUUCAAGUUGAGAAAUCUGCAGGAAACGGAUUGAAGUCAGAAGAACAUGAUGAAAGUGCAGCAUUGCUUAAGAAAUAAGAGAGUUUCUGCAGUUGAAGAUCAUAUUAAUGCCCAGUGAAUCACCCGUCAACAGACAAGAGGAAGUACUCGUGCUGCAGUAGCACACAUGCUAUCAUAGAAUACAAGCUGAUAACUAAAUAUUGGGCAGCAACUAACGUAAUGUAAUGUAAUUAUAUUUACCCAAUCAAGUUAAUGCACAGUAAUAUGUUUAGCACAAAAUAUUUGAUUUAAAAAUACAAAAAGUUUACUUUUGCACACUUGUAGUACUUUAUUGUUUAUUUAUUUCUUUAUUUCCAUUUUAAAUAUUUUUAUUUUAAGUCGUAAAUCUUAAAUGUCAUGUUCAUAAUUUUUAAUGAUUUUUCCUUUUUGAUCUUAUUUUUCUUAACUUUUUAUGCUUUUAAUUAUACUGGGCCUUAUCUUCAGGGUUCGUACGGUCAUGAAAAACCUGUAAAAGUCAUGGAAUUUGAAAAUAGCAAUUUCCAGGCUUGCAUAAGUUUUGGAAAAAUAAAAAUACCCAGAAAGUUUUGGAAAAGUCAUGGAAAUUUGGUCUACAAACUUUGUGUUUCAGUUUAUCAAUGGAGAAAAUUAACAAAAUACGUCAACUCAACGUUAAUUCAGUAAUUUAAGCCCUACACAAUGGAGCUCUCAGGAUCUGACACAAAUUUUAUUAUUAAAGAUUGCGUGACAACAUUUUAUCUAAUUCAUUUUAGUUUUAGUUGACUUCUGGUUUUAUUGUCCAUGUCUGCACUGAUGUAUUAAAAAUCGUAUGGUCAUGAAUUAGCCUUGAAGUCAUGGAAAAUGUAUUAGUUAAAAUGUGUAUGAACCGUGUAUCUUGAACCCUGCUGUACAAGGCACAUUGUGCUGCUCAUUGCUAUCUUACACCCUGUCAACAUUCUAGUUUUAUGCCUCGCAAUUGUGCUGUACAAAUAGUGUCAGAGUUUACAAAUAUAUUUAGUAUAUCUAAUGGUCUGGAAGUGAGGUGUGUUCCGAUACAUUUCUGGCGUAUUGCUAUCUUGGCAGCAAUAAACACAGGUGUGCCACUGACUGAUUUAAACCCUGACAACAGUCAACCAUCAGACGUUCAUUACAAUCUUAGUAAGGCAGGAUCGCCACAUGCGCUCAGCAUGUGUACACCCCUUACAUAAAUACAGGACACAAGGACACACCGCAGUGCACAAACCCAACUUUUGCAUCAACAAGAAACAGAAUAUAAAAAAAUAUAUAUUUUUGCAUGCUGUAUUUACUUUGUUUUGUACAUAUUAAAACUGAAUGUUGUUUUAACUUUAUUUCUUUUUUAAUCUUAUUUGAUGAGAUGUAAUUUUCUUUUUAUUUUCUUUUGUAUUAUUGUUCUUUAAGCUGUUUAAAUUUUAAAAUGAAAAUGGACAAAUAAAUAAAGUUUAUAACCACA